AUGCACCGCACCCUCUCGCUGGACUAUGGCGUCGUGAUCGAGGGGGAGGUCGAGUUGCUGCUGGAUUCGGGGGAGAGGAGGCGGUUGGGCAGGGGGGAUGUGGUCGUGCAGAGGGGGACGAUGCAUGCUUGGCGGAAUGGGGAAGGGGAGGGACACGGCUGGGCGAGGAUGUUGUAUGUGCUUCUGCCGGCGGUGGGGUUGGGGGAGGGGGUCGAGGAAGAGUUGGGGGGGAUUGGGGUUAGGGGGAGUACUUGA